UGUCCUGCAACAGCAAAGAAAGGAGAAGAAGAAUACUAACAAACAUGGAUGUAAACGAUGCUGAAUUUAAAUACUUGGAAAAACUCAACUGCUAAUAUAUUUCAUGGGAAAAGAAUGCUCUCAUCAUGUUUGUUUGACAUCAAGGAUACAUACAAUGUAUUUUGGAUGUUACUGGAGAACUGGCGUGCAGUCAUGAAUAAAAUGAAGAUGUGCAUCCACCUUGACAGAAUUGUUUCUGCAGAUUACUUUAUAACCCAGAUUGAGGGCGAGGAGAGGGAUUCUUCAGCUGGAUUUCAAGGGAGAAGGACUGCUCCUUAUAAGCAUCCAGAAUGCCAGUCAUAAACAUGGACGACCUGACGGACAAGGACAAGGCUCUAAUGGCAGUAAACCAACUUAAAACUGAAAUAAAACUGGAAAGGUGGUUGACAUCUAAGUGCUGUGAGGAAAUCAAGGCAUACAUUCAGGCUGGAGAGGAAGAGGACAUCCUUUUCAAAGGCAUUGCAGAGGAUAAGAACCCCUUCAAGGAAAAAGGUGGCUGUGUCAUCUUCUAAACUGAACCUGAGGAGCUUUUCAUAUCUCAGAUUAGCACCAAAGAACAUUCUCCUUCCCCCUCAUAAAAUGGAUUUGCAGUCUGAGAAGACUAGAGGGAUAUAAUAAAAAGAAAGAUCCCAUGUAAACUAUUCCCCCUCUUCUAGCCAGAUGUAUAGCCUUAUAAAAGUAUUAUUUGAAAAGAUGCAAUAAAAAAAGUAGUAUUUGGCAUGGUUAUGUAAUCCUUCUCUCUCAUGUGGUGCAUAGUCUGGGAGAAUGGGCCCAUGUGUUGUGUCAUAUACAGAAGCAACUGUCAUUAAACGAGCUUGUUUAUAACUCA